AUGCUGACAUAUUCAAAAUCUUGGCGAUCGAUUCGCUCGCGCACUGGUAGUCUGUACGCGAGGGCUCGAAAUCGGUUGACGAGCUCAUUUCGUGGUGGAACGAUGCCGGAAAAGGCGACCGGAAAGGAGGAGGUGCACACGCGGCAUGAUUAUGACGCGCAAUCGUCAGAAGUUUGGGUGGUUGCUUCCGAUUUUGAUGGAACGGCGAAUGGACACUUGAAAGUGAGCAAAGGAGACCGAGUCGAGAUAGUCGAAGAUCAAGCAACCGACUGUGCCGAUUACGUGCAAGUUGUUCUAUGCGACAAUCCGUCGAAACACGGACUCGUGCCGGCUUCGAUCAUCAUUCCACGUUAG